GUCGGACUGAAACCGAAAUCAUCAGAUGGUGCGGGUGUGUUUUACCAACACAGCGAGAUGAUCGUUCAGUGAUCUCUUGAGCGGCUGUAAUAUAACGCUUACAUUCGUUUGAUUGUAAACGAAGAACUAGGCAUGACGACAGAGUCUGACUCUCCAGAACAGUGAGUGUGAAUAGUGGCAAGUCAUGGACAGCCAAUGCAGCAGCAGUGUGGGUUCGCGGGCCAUGGUAGGGGGCAUGGUCUCCAUUAACUCCACCCCCAUUUCUGCCCGCGUCGAGUCCUAUGAAGCAGGAGAGAAAAAGUGCAUCUCUGAUGUCCGAAGGACCUUCUGCCUUUUCGUGACCUUCGACCUUUUAUUCGUCACCUUGCUGUGGAUCAUUGAGCUCAAUGACAGUGAUGGUAUACAAGAUCAGCUGAGGAAAGAGGUGUUACAAUAUGAUUACCACAAAUCUUUUUUUGACAUAUUUCUAUUGGCAGUGUUCCGCUUUGCAGCAUUGAUUCUGGCGUAUGCAGUGUGCAAGCUGCGCCAUUGGUGGGCCAUUGCGAUUACAACAGCCAUUACAACUGGCUUCUUAAUUGUAAAAGUAAUUGUAUCAAAGCUCCUGUCUCAGGGAGCAUUUGGGUACGUGUUACCCAUCAUCUCCUUCAUCCUGGCAUGGAUAGAGACUUGGCUCCUGGAUUUCAAAGUCCUGCCCCAGGAGGCUGGUGAUGAAAUCAGGCAUCUUUCAGUGCAGAGUGCAGAAGGGAGAGAACCUCUUUUAUACCCAGUACCAGUCUCAGAAGGCCAGUUCUACUCUCCUCCUGAGUCCAUGGCAGACUCUGAUGAAGACUUUGAUGAUAAACGUGAUCUUCAGAAGCCCAUCGUGUAGCAGAUAUUCAGCAGAUAUUUUAGGGAAAAUAGCUGGCAGAUUUUUCUACCAGCCAAUCCCUAAAUCUAAAUGUACAAUUUAUUUGACUUUUUAAUUAGGAGCUCAGGUUACAACACUGAGUUUCGAACUCAUACAAAAGCCUUGUCCAGCACUUCUCAACAUAAAGCUGUGUUAUCGUGGGUUUGUGUGUGUGGGUGACCAGCACACAGACAAACUGCCUUACAUCUGCCAUUGUCAUAAUCAGCAGUUCUCUGUCACUCUGUCUACCCACUCUGGUAAUGCUCUUGGUGCAAUUGUUUGUUUUCUUAUAUAUUUUCUUGUAUCUUAAUUUUUCUCUACAGAACAAAACAUUUUUUUUGUGCAUCAAUGAUUGAAAAUGGUGAAAGAACGAUUUUAAUGUGAACUGUACAAUGUGUAUUAUGAACUUAAUCAACAGAUGAUAUCAGAGCUGAAUGAGACAUGACACUUAUCUCUGUGUAACAACAUGACUGCCGUCUCAUAAGUUUGUGCUGUAAGCUCUAGAUGUCUGCAGAACUGUGUAAUAAAGGAAUAGUUCACUCAGGAAUGAAGUUUCUGUCAUCAUUUACUCUCCUUUAUGUUCGCUUUAAUCUGUGGAACAUAAAAGGAGAUGUUAGGUGGAAAUGACAGACUCAAUGAGACUAUUUCAUUGUAUGGACAAAAGAUGCCAUGAAAGUGAAUGGUGACUGAGACUAACAUGGUGCCUCACAUCACUUCUUGUGUUCCACAGAAUAAAUUUCAAAUGGGUUUGGAACAAAACAAGGGUGAGUAAAUGAUGGCAGAAUUAGUAUUUUUGGGUGAACUAUCACUUUAACGACGUUCAUGCCUCUGAUUUAGGACUUAAAUGUGAAUAGCAGUAUGGUGUCAGGUCUUCACUGCCACUCAUUAGUGUGUGAAGAUUUAAAGAUUUUCCAGUUUUUCUUCCUCUUUUUGCUUUUAUUGCUUUUGCUACCAAUCUGUGUGAACAAUCACAAAUGUGGUAGAGGCGUGUUUAGGAAAUCUAAAAUGAUUUUUUUUAACUUGCAAAAUAAAGGACAUGACUGAUUUUGCAUGAAAUUCUCUUAAACAAGGAGUUAUGUGAUGUGUAAUGAUGUGAGUAUGUAAUCCGUUUUUAUGUUUUUGGCUCCUCAUCAUUAAGCAUUCCUAAACACCAGUAAAUCUUAAUCCCUUUGAAGGAAUAGUUCUACCAAAAAUGAAAAUUCUGUCAUCAUUUACUCAUCCGCUUGUUUUUCCAAACCCAUUGACUUUGUGUAACACAAAUGGAGAUGUUGGUAGAAUGUUAGCUUGAGUCACCAUUCACUUUAUUGUAUGGAAAAAAGAUGGAAGGAAAGAAAGAAAGUAAUACAGGUUUCGAACAACAUGCAUGUGAGUACAUAAUUACAUAAUUAAACAUUUUGGUUGACAUGUUCCUUUAAGUAUACAAGUGUGCCAUGCUUACUAAAUAAGGGCUUAUGGACCUGAUGCAGGUCUGGGACCUCCAGUUUUCUUUGUAUAAUUAGAGUUAUGGAGAGUUAUCUCCAUACAGUAUGUACCCAUUACAAAGCUUUGACAUAUGCAGAAUAAUGUCAGAUUGUAUUCUUUUUUCAUUAUAUAUUAAAACAAUUACUGUUUUUAUUAAAUGUGUUUUUUUUUUUUGUCAAGAAUAUGCAUCAGUAUGGUAUGUUCUGGUGAGAAAAGCCAGCGAACGGAAACCCCUGCAUGAGAGUCAGUUUGUGCUCACAAGGAUGUUGCUAUCAAAAGUUGC